AUGAGCAAUAACGACGCCAGAUCUACAGCACAACCCUCAUUGAUUCAGCAGUACAUUACACCGAAACUUAUCAAAGAUAUCAAGUUCUUUCUUGUUGGCGUGGUGGUAAUGACUGUGACCAUUUUCCAUUACUUGUGGAUCAUCAAGAGAUGGAUGAUAAACCCCAACAUUGCCACGGUGGAAUUGAGUGGCCAUUUUGUUGUGUUUGCAAUAGUGCAGCUUUUCAUUUGGUACCUCUACUUGUUCAAGUUCACCGCAACCAUAUACAAAGAAGAACUAGCUGAGUACAAUGAAGCAGAGGAGUUACGAAAACAAGAUGAUCUCAAGAGGAAACAACGAUAG